GUACUAUCAUAGCUUCAACUUGUUUCAAAUUGAUCACUGACAGGCGGACUCAGAAGUUGCACAAUGAUCAUUGAAGUUGAACAAAUACAACUUUGACAAGCUUUAGCUUUCAAAUAUGAGUUCUGUGUCUCUAAUCAAGUCACUCUCAUGUUCUUUAAGCUCUACAAUGGCCGAAAACACAUCAAUGAUCUCAUUCAUUUUACUCUCUCCAUGCCCACAAAAACUACUCUUAGCUUCCAUUGAUAUCAUCUUCCUUUUUGUUGUUUUCGUUUUCGCAAUUCAAAAAUUUUAUUCGAGAUUCACCUCACACAACAGUGACAAUUCUAGCAUCGACGAACCACUAGUCGCUAAAACCCAAGUUUUUGUAGAAACCAAUAUUUGGUUUAAACUCUCCCUAUUCGUUUCUACCGUUUUGGCUGUUUUAGCGACAGUUUCAUUCAUUUCAGGGUUCAGACAGAACCCCGAAACACAAUGGAAGUUGGUUGACGGAAUAUGUUGGUUAGUUCAAGCGAUAUCGUUUGUUAUAAUCACUGUUUUGAUUGUCCAUGAAAAGAGAUUUCAGUCAGUAACUCAUCCGGUCAUCUUACGUGUAUUCUGGGUCGUUAACUUUGUCGCUAUUUCGUUGAUCUCGUUUUCAAGCAUCAACCGUCUUGUUCACCACACUCCAUUGUCAAAAACUGAAGACAUAGUUUCAUCCAUUUCGUUACCAUUUUCGGCUUUCUUCUUGAUAGCAUCAGUAAUCGGUUCAAGUGGCAUUACAUUAGUGACUCCAGAUUCUAAACCUGAUGAACUUAACAAAUCAUUGAAUGUGAGCGGAUGGGCUUCUGCUUCAAUCAUAUCAAAAACGUUUUGGAUAUGGUUGAAUCCAUUGCUAAAAAAAGGCUACAAAACCCCGUUAACACUCGAUGAUAUCCCGACACUUUCACCAGAACAUCAAGCUGAAAAAAUGUCCCUAACAUUCGAAAAAAACUGGCCCAAACCUGACGAGAAAUCAAAACAUCCUGUUAGAACCGCAAUAAUUCGUUCUUUUUGGAAACAUAUCGCAUUUACAGGGUUUUUGGCGAUAGUAAAGCUUUGUGUCGCGUAUGUUGGUCCGUUGCUAAUCCAGAGAUUUGUUGAUUUCACAUCCGGAAAGAGUACUUCACCAUAUGAAGGCUAUUAUUUGGUACUAAUUCUUCUAGUCUCUAAAUUCACCGAGGUUUUGUCAUCACACCAUUUCAACUUCCACUCUCAGAAACUCGGGAUGUUGAUCCGGUCAACUUUGAUUACGUCGUUAUACAAAAAAGGAUUACGUCUUUCGUGUUCUGCCAGGCAAUCUCACGGUGUAGGACAGAUUGUGAACUACAUGGCUGUAGAUGCUCAACAAAUAUCCGAUAUAAUGCUUCAGUUACACGCCAUUUGGCUAAUGCCGCUUCAAGUAGCCGUAGCACUGGCCAUUCUUUACAUGUACCUUGGCUCAUCGGCCGUGGUUACACUGAUUGCGGUUUUGGCUAUUCUUGCAUUUGUGUUUGUGGGGACUAAACGAAACAAUCGGUUCCAGUUUAACAUUAUGACAAGUCGCGACUCGAGGAUGAAAGCUACUAAUGAGAUGCUGAAUUAUAUGAGGGUGAUUAAGUUUCAAGCUUGGGAAGAGCAUUUUAACGAAAGGAUUCAGUCGUUUCGUGAGUCAGAAUACGGUUGGCUUUGUAAAUUCAUGUACUCGAUCGGUGGAAACAUGGUUGUUCUGUGGAGCACACCUUUGUUUAUCUCGACAGUCACAUUCGGAAGUGGGGUUUUGCUUGGGGUACCACUCGAUGCUGGAACGGUUUUCACAGCCACAUCAUUGUUUAAGAACUUGCAGGAACCGAUUUGGAGUUUUCCUCAAUCGAUGAUAUCUCUUUCUCAGGCGAUGAUAUCGUUGGGAAGAUUAGAUGAGUUUAUGACCAGCAAGGAAUUGGAGGAGGGUUCGGUCGAGAGGGGCGAAUUUGGUGAUAGUGAAACUAUGACUGCGGUCAAGGUCCAAGACGGGUCAUUUAGCUGGCACGAUGACCCUUCAGAAGGGGAUCUGAUCAAAAAUUUAAACUUUGAGAUCAAAAAAGGCGAACUAGCAGCCAUCGUGGGGACUGUAGGAUCAGGGAAAUCAUCUCUACUUGCAUCUAUCAUUGGUGAAAUGAACAAAAUUUCUGGCAAGGUGAAAGUUUCUGGUAGCACUGCUUACGUUGCACAAACAGCAUGGAUUCAGAAUUCAACAAUUCAAGAAAACAUUCUGUUUGGUUCGCCUAUGGACCGACACAAGUACAAGAAUGUAAUAAGAACUUGUUGCUUGGAAAAAGACUUAGAAAUGAUGGAAUUUGGAGAUCAAACGGAGAUUGGUGAGCGUGGGAUCAAUCUAAGUGGUGGUCAAAAGCAGCGGAUUCAGCUAGCAAGAGCUGUUUACCAAGAUUCUGAUGUCUAUCUUCUUGAUGACGUCUUUAGUGCUGUUGAUGCUCACACCGGUUCAGAAAUAUUCAAGGAAUGUGUGCGGGGGGCCCUAAAAGACAAGACGAUCUUACUCGUGACUCACCAAGUCGAUUUCCUCCAUAACGUUGAUCUUAUACUAGUGAUGCGCGAUGGGAUGAUUGUCCAAUCAGGAAAGUAUGACGAACUGGUUCAGUCUGGACUUGAUUUUAAAGCUUUAGUGUCUGCUCAUGAGACCUCAAUGCAGCUAGUACAAAUGGAAUCAACUGAACCAGAAACCAUGAAAAAACCUCCCAGGGAUAAUCCCAGGGAAGACAACAAUGAAAACAGUAAAUCUCUAGAACGCUCCCUAUCUAAUUCUAUUAAUGGAACAUCAAAACUGAUAGAAGAUGAAGAGCGAGAAACAGGAAGAGUCAGUUUACAUGUCUACAAAGUGUAUUUGACUGAGGCAUUUGGGUGGACCGGCAUGAAUCUGGUUUUGGUGUUGGCGUUCUUGUGGCAAGCAACACAGAUGGCCAGUGAUUACUGGCUGGCUUACGAAACCUCGGAGGAUCGAGCUGAUUCUUUCGACCCUUCUUUGUUCAUUGGAGUAUAUGCACUUAUUGCAGGCAUUGCAUUUGUCCUGAUUAUAGGAAGAGUUUUUUUCUCUAUGUUUUUAGGGCUCCAGACUGCACAAAAGUUCUUUAAACAAAUUCUUCAUAGCAUCCUUCAUGCUCCAAUGUCAUUUUUUGACACCACACCUUCAGGAAGAAUUCUAAGUCGGGCAUCAAGUGAUCAAACCAACAUCGAUACUCUUCUACCCUUCGUGAUGCACCUGAGCCUUGUUUUGUACAUGUCCGUGAUUAGUGUGAUCAUCAUAACCUGUCAAUAUGCUUGGCCAACAAUUUUCCUACUAAUACCACUCGGUUGGCUCAACUUCUGGUAUCGGGGCUAUUACCUUGCAACAUCUCGAGAAAUAACGCGACUCGACUCAAUUACAAAAGCACCCGUCAUUCACCACUUCUCUGAGAGCAUCUCAGGGGUUAUGACCAUCCGGUGUUUCAAAAAACAGGACAGGUUUGUUCAAGAAAAUGUUGACCGUGUAGAUGGAAAUCUACGGAUGGAUUUCCACAACAAUGCAUCGAACGGGUGGUUAGGGUUCCGCUUGGAAUUUCUUGGAAGCUUGUUUCUUUGUGUUUCCACCGUUUUCAUGAUCCUAUUACCUAGCAGCGUCAUUAAACCAGAGGACGUUGGAUUGUCACUUUCAUAUGGAUUGUCACUUAACGGCCUGCUGUUUUGGGCUUUAUAUACGAGCUGCUUUGUUGAAAACCGAAUGGUUUCUGUUGAAAGGAUAAAACAAUUUACCAACAUACCAUCAGAAGCAGAAUGGGUGAGAAAAGACAGUCCCCCUCCUCCAAAUUGGCCCAACCAUGGCAGUUUGGAGCUCAGAAACUUGCAGGUUAGAUAUCGGCCAAACACGCCUCUUGUGAUUAAAGGGAUUACUCUAAACAUUCAAGGGGGGCAAAAGAUCGGAGUUGUUGGUAGAACAGGUGGUGGGAAAUCAACUUUAAUUCAGGUUCUGUUUAGGCUGGUCGAGCCCUCUGGUGGAAGUAUUAUCAUUGAUGGUAUCGAUAUAUCAUCACUUGGACUUCAUGAUCUUAGGUCCCGAUUUGGCAUCAUUCCCCAAGAACCAAUCCUCUUUGAAGGCACGGUGAGAAGCAACAUUGACCCUAUCGGUCAACAUACAGAUGAGGAGAUAUGGAGGAGUCUCGAACGAUGCCAACUUAAUGAUGUUGUAUCAGCCAAACCUGGGAAACUUGAUUCCACAGUUGUUGAUAAUGGCGAUAAUUGGAGUGUGGGACAAAGGCAACUUCUUUGUCUGGGAAGGGUAUUGCUGAAGCACAGUAGACUGUUGUUCAUGGAUGAAGCAACAGCAUCUGUUGACUCACAAACAGAUGCUAUAAUUCAGAAAAUCAUAAGAGAGGACUUUGCUUACUGUACCAUCGUUAGCAUAGCUCAUAGGAUACCUACUGUCAUGGACUGUGAUCGGGUUUUAGUCAUUGAUGCAGGGUAUGCAAAAGAAUUUGACAAGCCUUCACGUUUGAUUGAGAAGCCCUCACUCUUUGGGGCAUUGGUUCAGGAAUAUGCAAACAGAUCAUCAGGUUUAUAAACAUCCAAUGUAUGACAACAAUGUCACUCUAAUAAGUGAUCUAAACGUAAUUUUUUCUAGGUAUCGAUAAAAGUAUGCAUUACAAAAGAAAGCUACAAAUUAUUUAAACUUCUUACUUGAUUGUCAAAUCUCUAUAUAUACAAGAUUCCCACCAGCAUGCUGGUAGAAAUGAGAGAAGUCCAUUCAGAUCCCCAAAAAUGCACGCGAUUGUGAUUCCCAGUGCUCCUUUGUCAGGCGAAUCCUUUCUGCUCUCUCGGUUUUAAGCCUUUCUUCCCAAUAUUCAGGACAACUGCACAAGUUUAAUAGAAAAUCAGGCCCUUUCUGCUCUAGAAGUGACAAACUGGGCAAGUCGGGCGGGUUGACUAAUGGGUCGAUAUUUCUCUUUUAUGGGUAAUGUUCAUUCAGGUCAAAUAGAUAAUUUAGUUCAGGUCAAACGAUAAUUUCAAUCCAGGUCAGAAUAAAUCGAGUUUGCUUGACCAGCCAACACUUAUACUCCA